AUGUCAGUCAUUUCCAAAGUUUCAGCACCUUUCAAGUUGGCUAUUGUCGGAAGUGGACCUGCUGGUUUCUAUACGGCACAUAGGCUACUUAAAGAAUGGCCCAAUACUCAAAUUGACAUGUUUGAUAGCUUGCCUACACCUCAUGGACUGGUUCGUUUUGGUGUUGCCCCUGAUCACCCUGAAGUGAAGAAUGUCAUGUCUACCUUUGACAGAGUAGCGGAAGACGAUCGUUUUCGUUUUUUCGGCAAUGUGACGAUUGGCAAGAACAUUAGUGUCAAAGAGCUUUCUAAUAAUUUCGACGCUAUCUUAUUAUCGUAUGGUGCCAGUGAGGACCGAAAGAUGAAUAUUCCAGGUGAAGAUACAUAUGGUGUGGCAUCAGCAAGAAAUUUUGUGGGUUGGUAUAAUGGACAUCCAGACUACACCGACUUCAAAUUACCAUUGGACGAUACAGACACCGCAGUGGUUGUAGGACAAGGCAAUGUUGCCUUAGAUAUUGCCCGUAUUUUAUUAACGCCUAUCGAUACUUUACGCAAGACAGAUAUCACAGAAUAUGCUCUCGAAACGCUUUCCAAGAGUAGAGUUAAACAUGUUCAUGUGGUCGGACGUAGAGGCCCUGUUCAGGUAUCUUUCACGUCCAAGGAAGUCAGAGAGCAAAUGUCAAUUCCUGGCGUACAAUUUAAUGCAGAUAUGAAUUUUAUUAGCAAGGAGAUCACCGAAUCACAAUCUAUUAUUAGUAAGAACAGACCUCUGAAGCGAUUGAUGUCACUUUUAGAAAAGGGAUCACCAACAAAGGAAGCAGACAAAUCAUGGACAGCCAAAUUUUUGCGUAGUCCAGUGGAGGUUUUAAAAAGAGCAAAUGAAAAUAGAGUGAAUGGAAUCAAAUAUGAAAUCAAUCGUUUAGAGGGACCUUUGGAUGCAAGGAAGGCAAUUGGAACAGGCGAAUUUGAAACACAGGAAUGUGGUGUCAUUUUGACAAGUAUUGGGUACAAGAGUGCGCCCAUUGAGGGUAUUCCAUUCGAUUCGCGUCAAGGACGUGUACCCAACUAUCUUGGAAAAAUUCUGAAUGGCAAGGAUGAGUUACCAGGAAUGUAUACGGCCGGUUGGCUUAAGCGUGGACCCACCGGUGUGAUUGUAUCCACCAUGACCGAUGCAUACGAAACCGCAGAUACGAUUGUUGACGAUUUGAAAAAUGGUAAACCAAUGUUGGCACCCAAGGGUGAUGAUUUGACCAAAUUAUUUCAAGAACGUCAAAUUCGACCUGUCUCUUACUUGGAUUGGAAAAAAAUAGAAGCAGCCGAAUUUGCAAUGGGUGAAAAACUCGGUAAACCCAGAGAAAAGUUUUGCAGAAUCCAGGAUAUGCUUGCCGUACUCUAAAUUAAAAUUAUUUCUGACCAAUGAAAAGGUUAAUUAUUGAAGCAACCC